AUCGAAACCGAUUUGGGCGCAUAGUCAAACAGAUUAUUUGUUUGUGCGAUAUGCUUGUGUGCAACUACAGAAAAUGUAGACAACCCUUGAAAAUCUGUGCCGUUGGCACUGCAUGCAAGCACAUCUUCUGCAUUACUCACAGUCCUCUUCAACUUAAAACUUCUGACGGGACGUUUCAGUGCCCAGCCUGCAAAUACAGACUUAAAGAAAAUUCUGAUAUAAUCGAAGUUGACCUACAGCCCUGCGAACAGUUUAGAAGCAUGAUUCUAAUGGGUCAAACACCGGACACAAUUUUCGAUGUGUGUCGUAGAGCCAUUGAAUUCUUCACCUUACAAACUGCUCAGGGUGUUAAAUAUUUGGAGUACAUUAAUUACAAACUGGAAGAAAGGUAUAAAAACAUGGAGAUUCAAUGCAAGUCAUUGUUGAGCAAUCUUGAACAGAAAAUUAACAAACUACAAAAUGAAAAGGAUGCUAUAGAAAAGGAAUGUGAAGAACUAAGAGACAAACUUGUUGCAUCAACUCAUAAGUUGUCACAACUGGAAGGAGAUAUUAGCAGGUUAAAUCUGUCUAAACGAUCUGAUUCGGACCGAACUUGUUUUUCUGAUCAUAUACAUAUUAGGUCAGUACAAUCAACUCAGUCUUCAGAUACUCUAAAUCCAAAGUUUCCUAGAUGCUCACCUGACUCGGCAUUCCCAAGCCCUUUUGGUUUGGGUAAUCGUCAAUCACACUUUAAUUUCUCUAAGCGGCCUGAGAUUAGUUCAUCUAACUUGUUUUUAGCACAAGCUUCAUGUAAAUCACCGACUAAAAUGCUACUUCCUAAUCCUUUUCUAAACAACAGCCUUCGAAAUCUUUCAAAAAUCUCCAGUAAACCACUUUACAAGUAAAAAUUCACACUGGUUUUGUUCUGAAAUGUUUAUAAAUAAACUUAACUAUAUUUAUAAACCAACUGAAUAUUUUUUCGAUUCAAAAUGAGGAUGACGGGUUUUAGUUGUAAAACUAGAAUAUCCGUCGUAUCUUCAUGACGUCUUUUUAAAGCAAUUUUGUAUUUGAUGAACCAUUCUUUUGAUUUACUUGCAAAUACUGAGUCAUUUAAGCUGUUUGAUGUUGUUGGUUUGAAGUAACUCCCAAAACUUAGAGGCAAUUUUUCGGAUUUAAAUAAAAGAGAACAUUUACGUGUCAUUAUUAAACGAUUAGAACUUAAAUAAAUCAAAUAAAUGAUGAUGGGACUAACAUGAUUCCUUGUUAAUGAGACCUGAGGGGUAAGUUGUUGGCUAGAUCAAAGGGCGACUGCGAUCGUUCUUAAAACUUAAGAUAUCAUCAAGGAAUUACCUAUACGAUUUAUAAAGGUCAUAUCACACACAAACAAUUGUUUCUAGACUGAUCUUUUGGACAAAAAUUGAAUUAGCUUCAUCUUUCCAGCAAAUAUUUCCUUAGUUGAUCCAGGUUAACAAACAACCAAUCUGGAGUGUUGACGAAACGAAAACAGAGCUUUGAGCAUAUAGUCCCAGCAUUUUAGAAUUCACCCAAAAUGAAGAUAAAAAUCUUGAAAAGUUUAUAGAAUGAAUAUGAUGCAGAGUUGUGCAUACGGUAACAAAUAAUCUGAGAAAGGUCUACACUACUGGUGAGUAGUAUAAAUUUUACAUCAAACGAAUGAUGAACAUUUCAAAUCAUUGCGUCUCUUACGAGAAUCACUGGGCAAAACCGCUCAAAAACUAAAUUUUCUGCAGAUAAUUUCUUAAUCCCUUUAUACUACUCAAGGUUUAUCAGCUGUACAGACCUGGAUCUCAAAAGUGACAUGCAUUUUAAUGUCUUCGAAUGUAUGUAAAUGAUUUUUCAGAUAACUAUUUACCUUCCUUACAAUGCACAUGUGUAUUUAUUUGUGAAAACAUCUCGAUUUUUGAAUAUCUCUCCUCUUUUGGAUUAAUCUUUUCUGUUUUCAUGCAAUACUAACUUGUGAUUCUGAAUAAAGAGGCUCGAAAUAAACAUUGAUUACCUUAUAUUUAUUCCAAAGUAUCUAAAAAUCAGCAUAAUCUUGUCAGUCGAUGAUAUUAUGUAGGUAAAUGUAAUAUGUAUCUGGUGUUCAAAUAAAUCUAAAUGUAAAAUUUUCUUUAUGAAAUUACUGAAGUGAAAUGUGUAUUCAUUUAAAUAAUAGAUUGAUGAAUGUUCUUAAUUUUUAUAAGUAUUGUGGUAACAAGGAAUUUAAUAAAUUCAAAAUACUUUAUUCUGAAA